ACUUCUGGCUUCGAGAGUAUGGUUGAAUUUGGCACGUGAUUGGCUGUCAGUUCAAAAUGUUGGUUAUUGCGGGUGAUGCCGUGCUGAUGUUGUGACGUUAAGCGUUUUCCUGCACUGUGUGUUGGAAAGUUGGAAAAGCCGCGUAGCCGCGCGUGAGGCUUGGCCGAGACCACGCGUCCCGAGUUUCCGGCGAUUAUGGCUGCCGCCGUAAGCUCCAAUGUGGAAAAUCUAUCACCGCAAAUCAUCCGUCGAGUGGCCAAAGAGAUGGCGGAAUUGGUCGCGCAAGCACCCGAAGGUAUUCGUGUCAUUUUGAACGAAGCGGAUGUCACAGACAUACAAGCCAUCAUCGAAGGUCCAGCGGGAACUCCAUAUGCCGGUGGUUUCUUUAGAGUAAAAUUAGUUCUUGGAAAAGACUUUCCGCAAGGACCGCCAAAGGCUUAUUUCCUUACAAAGAUUUUUCAUCCUAACGUAGCGAAAAGUGGAGAAAUAUGUGUCAAUACUUUAAAAAAGGAUUGGAAACCAGAUCUUGGGAUACAACAUAUAUUAUUGGUAAGUUAUCACUAAGAAAACGUAUACACACACACACACACACACACACACACA